AUGAAGUUCUCUCUGUCGAAACUCCUCGUUGUUGCUCUUGCGUCAACCGAAGUUGCUGUUGCCAGCACUUGGUUCGGCAAGACCGUCUACAACAAAUGGCACGAAACUGAACUCGAGCGUUGGCUAUCUGACCACGACGUUCCGUAUCCCUCCCCCGCAGACCGAAAGGAUCUUGAGAACCUAGUCAAGGAGAAUUGGCAGGCAAAGGUGGUAGAGCCAGUUGUCGCGACUGGUGACAAGGCCAAUGAUCACUAUGGCAGUAUCAAAGAUUGGAUCUUCGACAGCUGGUCGGAUUCUUCUCUCAAAGCUUUCCUCGAUCAUCACGGUAUUCCUGCUCCUCAGCCACGAACUCGAGACAGCCUUCUAGCGACUGCUCGUCACAACUACGAAGCGAUUGCGAAGAAAGCCGGCCAAUACUAUCACUAUCCUGGUGACUGGUUGUACGCCUCCUGGUCCGAAUCUGAUCUGAAGGAAUUCCUCGACGAGCGUGGCAUUCCGGUUCCUCAGCCCACAACCCGCGACAAGCUCAUUGCCCACGUUCGACGUAACGCCCGGUUGGCAUCUCUCAAGAGUUCUGCGGCUGCUUCGGCUGCCAGUGCUUCAUUCUCGAGCGGUGUUGCAGAAGCCAGCAAGUCUGCUGCAAGUGCUCAGGCCAGCCUUAGUGACGCUCUCUUCGACGCAUGGUCGGACAGCAAGUUGAAAGAGUUCUUGGAUUCCCAUGGCGUUCCCGUUCCACAAGGAAGCAAGAAGAACGAACUUAUUGCUUUGGCACGCAAGCACCGUGCCGAGCUCGAGAGCAAGGCUUCUGCAGCUUCUGGAUCCGCUGCUUCGGCAUUUGGCGCCGCCACUUCAUCUGCCGGCAAUGAGUUUGCCAAAGCCACCGAUGAUGCUUCUCUGACGGCCGACGAGGCGUUCGAAAAUGCCAUCAACACUUGGUCCGAGUCUCGCCUCAAGGCCUACCUGGACUCUCGUGGGGUUCCGGUCCCCCAAGGUAGCAAGCGUGAUCAACUCCUGGCCCAGGUCAGAUUGAACAAGCACAAGGCUGCCACUGGCUGGUCUGCCUGGACUUUCGAUACCUGGACAGUCGGAAACCUCCGCAAAUAUCUCGAGUCACAUGGCAAGAAGGCGAAGAAGUAUGCCAACGCCAACCGUGAUGAGCUUCUCAAGCAAGUUCAAGAUUCCUAUGCUUCGGCCUCCAAGUCAGGCGGCAGUGGUUACGCCUCGGUGACUAGCUAUCUUGCAAAACAAACUGACUCAGCCAAAGAUUCGGCUUUCGACACCUGGUCCGACAGUGAGCUGAAAUCAUACCUCGACAGCUACGGCAUCCCGAAUUAUCAAGGCUCUACCACAAACGAACUCCGAGCGAUGGCCAAGAAGCAGGCCAACUACUUCCGAUAUGGAACUUCCUCCCCAUCAGGAACCAUCUUUGAACGACUUAAGAGCAGUUUCCAAUGGCUUCUUGGCCAGGCGCAGGGGACUGCUGCAUCUGUCUCUGCACAGGCUGCUGCUACUGGUAGUUCCGCCGCCAGCGUUGCUUCCAAGAGUGCCACAUCUGGUGCGUCGAGCGCAAGUUCAGCUGCCAGUGCUGCUUCUAAAAGUGCUUCGAAGAGCGCUUCCAGCGCCAAGAGCGAGUUGUAG